ACACCACACUGGCAGGUGAAGAUGCCGGCCUCUGCUGGGGCGCUAAUGGAACCUCAAAUAAAAAGGAAACUUAAGAAAGUUGUCUUUGCUGUUCUCUGAUGACCUCUUCACUCACAAAGCACAUCAUGACAAGGAAGCUGUCCAAAACUGAUGACCAGCCAAAACCCCUCUGGGAAACCCCUUUGUUUAAUAGUUGUCUUUACAUUAACUUAAUAUUUCAUAUCAGGACUAAAGACAUCCGUACAUUCAAAUAAGACACUAAAGAAAAAAUUGAAGAGCCAGGAGCAAAGAUGGUUGUGAAAAAGUGGUUUCAGUGUCAGAUGUGGAAGUUGUUGCUAGUGAACACUUUAUCAUGUGGCCUGGAGGUGUGCAUGGCUGCAGGGACUGUCUACAUCCCACCUCUACUGCUGCAGGCCGGCAUGGAGGAACGCUACAUGACUAUGAUGCUUGCUGUGACUCCAGUUUUGGGCUUGAUCUUUAUACCCAUGAUUGGCUCAGCUAGUGAUUCUUGGAGAGGGCGCUUCGGUCGACGCAGGCCCUUUAUCUGGAUCCUGAGCCUGGGAGUUUUGCUAGGCCUGCAAAUCAUUCCCCAAGCCAGGCGGCUGACUCUACUGAUUUCACCACAGCACCCUCACUGGGUGCAAGCUGGCGUGCAGGCUGCAGCUGUGUGUCUUGUCGAGUUCUGUGCACAGGCCUGUCUCACCCUACUGCUUGCCCUGCUGUCAGACCUGUUCCCCGAGGAGGAAGAAAACCGAAAAGCAUUCUCAGUUAAUUCCCUGAUGACAAGCCUGGGGGGAUGCUUGGGGUUUUUGCUUCCUGCCGUGGACUGGAGCCAGGUGCCCAUAGCAGCAUAUUUGGGAGGGCAGGAGGCCUUUGUUUACACCCUGCUCACCCUCCUAUUUUUCAGCUGCCUCCUCUCCACAACCUGCAUCAGGGAGGAAGCAGGAGUCAGAGGAGAGAGGAAGAUUCUUGUUCAUCCCCCUUUAAAAAGUUUGAGGAGCAGAUGCUGCCCGUUCCCCUUCCUACCUCGGCCUCGUUGUUUACGUGAUGUGCUGUGUCGAUGUGCAUCAGAGAGUCUUUCAAUGCUGCAUCAUUUGUAUGCGGUGUGCAUACAUGUGCCACAGGUCAUAUGGAGACUUUUUGUGGCAGAGGUGUGUAGUUGGAUGGCACUGAUGAGUGUUAUGCUCUUCUUCGCUGACUUUAUGGGGGAGGGAUUGUACCAGGGAGUGCCGGGUGCAGAUCCAAAAUCACAGGAAAGGAAACACUAUGAUGAAGGUGUGCGCAUGGCCAGUCUGGCUCUCUUCCUGCAGUGUGCCGUGUCGGUGCUGUGCUCUACGCUAAUGGACCGCUGGGUGGCUCUGCUGGGAGCCAAAGUGGUAUACAUUAGUGGGGUGGCUCUUCUGCUGUUGGCCACCACCGUCAUGAGUGUCUCAGACAGUGUGAUGAUGGUCACUGUCAUGGCUGCUGUGACGGGGUACACACUCUGUGUCCUGCAGGUGCUGCCAUACACACUGCUGUGUCUCUAUCACUCAGACAGACAGAUUUUCUUCAAGUCAUCCAGACCCAGACCUCUUGAGCGGACUGAAAGUAAUGACUCAACACUUACUAAGCCUGUUCCCUCAUGUGGUCCACCUGCUAAGCACCAAGCAGUGGGGCUGAUACUUCCUGUGGCAGAGCCCUCGGUUGAGUCGCCACAUCUAUCACUUUUGGUGGCUGGAGGUGAUAGAGCUGAAGCAGAUUCCACACAAGUCUCAAACAGAGGGAUGGGCUUUGACAUGGCAAUACUGGAAGGCGCGUACCUUCUCUCCCAGGUGCUGCCAGCCAUGUGCCUCGGUUCCAUAGUGCAGCUGACUAACAGCGUGAGGGCGUACAUGGCCUGCGCCUGCUGCUUCAGCCUGCUGGCUUUGCUCUUUGCCAGAAGAGUUGUCUACAGCCAUGCUGACCUCCAGUGUUGAUCGAGUCUCCAUCAGGAACAUCAGCCGACACAAGAGUCAUGUGCUGGAAACAGUGGAUCCUGAGUGUUCUCGUGUGGGGGAACAUAGAGCAUUCUUCAGGUUUUUAUAGACAUUCAAGGACCUACUGCAGCUUGUUGGAUAUAAAGCAGUCACAUAAGAAUCAUGCUGCCACUUUACGAUCAUACCACAUGCCAAAUGUAGUGUUUUUUUUUAAUACAAUACGGUCUGUGAACGCUGUGUUACCAUCACUCUUAUUGUGAGUUAAAUGACACAGCACACAGAAUACACUGUAUCAAAUAACUUUGUUUUUUGUAUUCUUGGAUAGGGAAUGACAGGGAAUGAUAUCCUGCCGUGUGCUGUUGCUAAGAAACAACACUGGAGUCUUGACACUCCUUGUGUGGUGCAUUCUGCUGCAGUCUCCUCAUCCAUAUGCUCAGCUUGGCUGCUAUGGAGAUUCAUUUACAGCUAGCAUGUAACCUAAUUACCCAGUGAUUAGAACGCAUGUUUAAAAUACCUUCCUUCUGAGCCGUGUGUUCCAGCCAUUUGAGGCCGUAGUGGCUGUUACGCAUGAUGGGCUGAGAUAUUAUGGUAAAAUGAACUCUCCACUCCCUGUCCUUUUGUUGUAGAAGAGGGUGUGGACAGAUCAAUAUUGACUGUACAAUUUACAGUUUACAAUACAUCUGUGCAGUCUUAUCUACUCUGAGUCCACGUGUGCAUCCAGUAUAACCAAGGAGGCUGAAAUAUUGCACAGAUGUCAUCUUUCUCAUCAAAGUUGUCUGGAAAUUGUGCAGCUGAGGGAUUCCUUUAAAAGGGACAAUGAGCCAGUACCUUGUAUUUAUUCAUGGCAUUAUCUUGUAUUCAGCCAUAAGGCCCUAAUUUAUUGAAGUAGACAUGACAUGUAAUUUAAUUUGUCAGUUAAUCAGGAGGCAGCCCAGAUACCCCAAUUUACCACGCGUUUGACUGACGUGCUGGAAAAGCUGUACUAAACCCCAUAUAUAUAUAUAAAUGACUUUAUUCUUCACCAUUGGAGGUUAUUUUGGAAUUCGCUCAGGGGAUUUUGUUUUUAAAUUCUCCUAAUUGUUUUCUGACUCUUGUCAGUUUAAAGAAUGGUAAAAGGUUUAAAAAAAUCAUACUUUGAAAUGCAGCCAUGACGUGUGAAUAAAUGUGUUGUUUUAUUGACUUUAA